AUGCCUAAACCCGCCGCCAGCUCUGGUCCUGCUCUCCGCAGGAAUCAAGCUUGUCAACAAUGUCGCCGAAGGAAACUCAAAUGUGAUGCUGGUAGACCGCAUUGCGGUACAUGUGUCCGGCAAUGGAACGCCUUGAUUGCAGUUCCGCCUCCCGUUGGGUUCAGCCACCCGCCUGCUCCAACAUGCUCCUACGACCCAGUUGAGGGCGUCCCCGUCGUCCCCGACUCGAUUGAAGAUCCCGUGGAGCGGAUAAAGAUCAUCGAGGCGCAGAUUGAAGAUCUUCAAAACAAACUUCAGAGUGCCCGACGUGAAGCUAAACAGAAGGGCCACGAUAUAGGAAAAUCCCCGUCGCCACCGAUGCAACUAUCCCCGGAGAUGGCAAGGUCCACACGUGGAACAACAAGUGGGUCAGAUAAAAGUAAAGACCGAUCUCCUACAAUCCCGCCCCAACCAUAUCUCUUUUCGUCUUCACCGGCCUCCUCACGUCCAUCUACUUCCCCAUCGGUGUCUGUUUCAGAGCGUAAACAUGCCACGCCUUAUGCGCGUCCUCGAGCUGCCACACGAGCCAACACAGCGACCGACAGUUCAUCGCACACACCAGUACGACGCCCGCCCACUUCGAGCCGAUCACUUCCCGCCGAUUAUUCGCCACAAGCUCAGCCGGACAAAGAUUGGGACCCGAAUCUUCCGGCUCCUAACAUUGUUGCUCACCUCGUCGAACUCUUCUUCCAAAACGAUCCAUGUGCUUCCCGUAUUUUACAUCGAAGUUCGUUCGUUGCCAGCCUCUCCUUGCCCACAACGCAUCCCGAAUUCCCUCCUCUAAUACUCAUCCACGCGAUAUGUUGUGCUUCAAGUCGAUGGGCAUCUCACGAUGCACCGAGCCGUCAGGAAAAGUUUGCCGAGUUUCAUGCAGCCAAGACUCGGACCAUAUUAGAAACGGCUCUGCGAGCUAAUUCAACCGAUUUGGCAAUAUUUCAGGCAUCGAUAAUUUUGCAGUACUGGGCUUACGCAGAAGGAAGAAAUCUUGACAUAAAAUUCAACGCACGGCCGUUCCUGGAGCCCACUCCGAGCAAUACCCAAAUGGAAGAGAAGCGAAGAGCUUGGUGGUCUUUAGUCAUGUUUGAUCGCUACGUCUCGCUGGGAGCCUGGAAGCCCUCCGUGGCAGAGGCAGAUCUGAUGGCGAUAGAGCUGCCUAUAUGCACUGUGGAUUUUGAGUGCGAGAGUUUGGUUUCUCCCAACCCACAAAAGGUUCACGAUCCGUCAUUCUUCCUUUCUCACCCAAUCGGCUACACGGAUUCAUACAUCAUACUCAUCAAGGCCACCCUUUUAUUCGGAAAAGUGACCGACUAUAACCUGACAGUUGAUAGCCGAUCCUCCAGACGGUCAGGUGAUCCUAGAGAUAGUGCCGUCUUUCGUGCUCUCGACCGCCUCGUUGCGGUAGAUUUUCUUCAAUCAUUACCAGAUGACUACAAAUCUUGCCUGGGAGCAGGGUCGACCGGGUCUAUGGUCGACGCGGAUUUGUACCUGGCGCAUGUGCUACCUUAUGCGGCUACGAUUUCUCUUCACAAUGCUCACAUCGAUUAUUCGAACCCUGGGUGCCCUUCUGCCGUACGAUGCAUACAGGCUGCCAGAUCUAUCAUCCGUAAUUAUUUCCUACUAAAUGGUACACUGUUCGACACUAAGCGGCUCCAUCCCUUUGUAACGGUCUGCUGGUAUUUGGCCGCUGUAGUUCUAGUCCAGCUCUGUAAAAGACAUAUAACUACGGGGGACCGUGGAGGAGAAGCUACGGUUUGGGGCGAAAUUGAAACACUGAAACUUGCGAUGUUGGAGUUUGGAAAUAUCUCUCCGAUUGGAUUACGACAAGAAAAGCUCCUUCAAGAAACAAUUGACGAUGUGAUUCAAAAACCUGUACUACCAGCCAAUUUUGGGCUCGAUAUUCCCAUGUACACAUACCCACUACAGGAUUUGGCGGUUUCGCUUUCUGAACAUGGCUCCCCUGAAGGUUCGAAUUCGUUCUCCACUACUGGCUAUCUUUGA